AUGUUCGCUCACGCUCAGCCAAAGCGAACGCCAAUGACAAAGUCGGCAAAGGGCAACUUCUUGGAUGAGCGCGAAUGCCGUGGUGACCGCGGUGACCGUGGUGAGCUGGAAGUCCACGUCCGGAGGAUGCCAAUCGGGCCAGUUGGACCGCCGAACUUCUCGAGAGAGAAGGCCUCGCGUCUCACUUUGGAGCGUGCGGAGUGUGCUGAGACCCAAGAGGACCUGCCUGAUCCAGAUUUCUGGAAGGAUCAGGAGGUGCCUUCCAAGGGCUCGGGUGCACACGGUAGCGGCAAGUGCCGCCCUUGUGCCUGGUUUUGGAAGCCGCAGGGCUGCCAGAACGACAAGGAUUGUGGAUACUGCCACCUUUGCCCAGAAGGGGAGCUCAAGAACCGAAAGAAGUCCAAGGUUGCGGCUAUGCGAAUGGGCGCCCUGGUGCCUGCAAAACCGAGCCAGAAGGCAAAGUGCCCAAGUGGCGCUCGGGUCUUGAAGCUUUCUCCAUUGCUCUGCGGGGCACCCGGCCAUCACCCGUCAGCAGAGCAAAGUUUCUGGCCCCUCCGCGCAGCUCUCUCCUUUCGCUUAGGACUUCAGAAGCAAGUCAGUUUUAAGGACACCGGAGACCGUCUUGAGCGUAGAGUGCUUUGUUGCGGUUGGUGCUUUGUGUUCUUUUCGGGUUUCAUUUCCAGGAAUCCCAUACAGCUGAGCCGCUGA